AUGGCCGGCGCGGACGCUGCAAGCCUCGUGUUCGUGGAAGGUUUGGUCAGCCCCGUUACUGGUUAUGGAUUGCUCUCUGACGAAGAUAGGCAAUGCAUCAGCUCGAAUGGCUCCUUGAGGGACACUCUGGACUUUGAGGACCUCAUGGGUGGCUUCGCCGGCAACUUCACUGGCUCCGACCUUCAAGGCGUAAGCCUCUUGGGUCUGGCCCUCAACGGGUCAAGUGCGAAGGAGACUGUCAGUAGUGGCUGGGUUGGGGAAGCAGCUAACCCGGGGCCUGGAGGGUCUCAGGUUACCAAACGACAGCGCCAGGAGAAGUUUCUUUUGGAAGGGCUCCAGGCUCUCUUCUCUCGUCUUGAGGACCUCGACCAGGACGAGCAGGAGGAAGAGCCCUGGCAGACUCAGCGUCGCCGGCGGCCUAAAGGCGGCAACUCCGCGACUAUACGUCAGUUGCAGCAGCUCAUAGUUGACUGCCAGAGCCACGGGGCACAGGGCAUCAUUGGCAAGUUGCGCGGCAUCCUCAACGGGUCUGGUGGCCGGGCAGGGUUGGGUCUCUUGCCAAGGUUGGUCGCGCUCUUGAUGCUGGAAAUGUCAUUGCAAGCACACAUAGCAUUAGUUGUCUGUUUGCUUUGGUGUGUUUUGACCUUCCAGCUCCUCUUCCGGAGGGCUGGAGCCACAAGUGGGUACAGCUCCACACUGGAGAGUGGAGACAGGCCUGUGUUGCGGCACUCUCAGGGACUCUUUCCGAGCCAAGCGUGUGACCAGGUGCUGCAGGCGUCUGGAGAGAGAGGUGUCUUCUUUUCUGCUGUCAGAAACAAGAACGCGCCAGCGCCCUCGGGCGUACGGUGGCUGCCUAGGGAUGACAAGGUCACUGCAGAAGUUUAUCUGCAAACAGCUCAGAAGCAGGCGGCGGCGGCCGCCGCCCCUCUCGCGUUUCGCCGCGGGGGGCGGGCUAGUCUUGGAAUCGGAGGAGAAGGCACCACCACCACCGUUGCAGAGUCUAGCAGUCUGCGCUUGCGGUGGGCUGCCAAGUCAGUGCCGCGACACUGGAGCCCGACGCAGUUCAGACGUAUGCUGGAUGCCCAGGCUUGGCGUGUCGUUGCGGAUCUGCAACCGCCCGCCCGUCCGGGCGGGGUCUGGACCUUCGCAGCAGCGCGGCCUGAGGGCCGCUCGGAGGACUGUUUUGUCCUUAGCCUGGAAGGCAAAUCGAUUGUCAUUGUUCCGUGGAAAAGGGUCUCCAAAGGCUGGGCCUCGCUUUCGGGCACUCGCAAGGCCCAGGAGGCCGGCGAUGCUGCUGCUCUCGGCGAAGCGGCUGGCACCACGGACAUCGACGCGGGCGCUGGCGUUGACGACGACGGUGAUGCGACUGGCGACGAGCAUAUGGAGGGCCAGGGAGCCAAGCGGCCCGCUCAAGCGCCGGCUCAGGAGCAGCAUCGGCAGGCUCCUAAAGCCAGAUGGCCAAACCGGAGAUUGGUCAGGGGCAAGGUCCGCACGGAGUUCCUCUGCGGGAUCACGGCAGCAAUGGUGGCGACUGCGGCCUUCGAUGUCUGGCGGUCACUCAGGCGCUUCGCAACGGGAUGGACCCUGCUCAGGCCGCGGAGAAGGCAGAAAAGCUGGCUCAGAGUCUUCGCGGAAAAGCUGCACUUCUGGAUGGAUGGGCGCAAGGGCUGGCGCGAGGCCUGGAGCCAAGAUCCGGGGGCUACUGCUCUCACGGAAGGCGGAGAAGUUGCUACCACGCCUCACGACUACUUGGCUUCGGUCCUGCGUCGCACUAAGUGGACGGACCACUACUUGGUCUACGCCGCCUCUCGGGUGCUGGAGUGCGACGUCAUCGUUUGGAAGCACAUGGCUGGACAGUGGAAGUUCAUGUCGCGGGUGGCGCCUCCCACCUCGGUCAAGGGCAGGCCCAUCUGCCUUUAUCUUAUGGAUGAGCAUUUCACCACUUUGGCGCAUGAUGCUGAUAUCCCUUCCACGUGGUCAGAGCUGGCCCGCACUGCUGAGGGCGAGUACAUCCCCUAUCAUGGCGGCGGCAAACGAAAGCAAGCGGAUGUCGAGGAGGCUUCAGUCUGUAGCUCUUCGCUUUCGCACUGGCUUCGGCCGGUACGGUUGGGCGGCCUAACGGCUCUGGCACGCGAGGACGCUGCCUCGUCGCUCUACGGAGACUCGGGGCAGGAACGGGUCACGCCAGGGCCGCGGAGGUAG